AUGGACAAUCGGAAAAGUUUCAAUGGCUCAAACAAGAGAGUAAUCGGUGAAAGUACAUUAGCUCCAGAAGAGGAUAGAUCAAGUGGUAACUCAGCUUUGGGCCCCAAGCGACUAGCCUGUUCUAGCUGUCGGCGUCGGAGAAAGAAAUGUGAUUUGAAUUUUCCAUGCGGUAAUUGUUCAAAGCUGAGUUUGGAGUGCAAUGUCAACAUGGAAGAUAUGAGAAAGAAACGACACACGGCGAGUUAUGUGGGCUCUUUGGAAUCUCACGUUGCCACCUUAGAGUCAAAAUUGCGUAAGCUCACCGAGACUCUUGCCUCAAUAGCUGGCUCAAGUCUGUCAAAGGCUGAUACAGACGGCCCCCCAAAUAGUUCAGAAAAUUCGUUUAUUGGUCGCAACGCGGACGACAUGAUAAAUGGUUCUAGCGUCAAAACUGGACCGACGUCUGCGGUCAGCAAUUCAAGCAUAUCAAAGGACGACAACCUGCGCAAAAAAGGGUUUGUUAAAGGUAGCAUUUACCCUGAAGGACCUGCCAGCUACAAGCCAAAUAAGUCUGAUCAGGCUUUGGCCAAACCAAAAAAUAGGAUAUCAGAUCUCAAGACUACCGUUAUUGUACGCACAAGCAGUGAUGGUGGAAAAGCGCUUAAUACCAACGCGCAGAUUUUGAAAAGUUUAUCAAACUUCUACGUUUGGCUUUAUCCCGGGCAUUUCAUAUUUGUUCAUCGAGAAAGUUUCCUGUACGGCUUCUUCAAUCAUAGCGAGGAUAACUAUGACAGCUCUCAGUAUUGCUCUGAAGAGCUCAUAUAUGCUGUAGCAGCGAUCGGUGCCAGAUUGACGCCCGAUUUACGAGGUCUUGCGGAUAAUUUUUAUCAAAAAGCGAAAGAGAAGCUUUUAAUGGUCGUUUUCAGCGAGCAUAGCAUAGCCAAGAUUACUACCGUCCAAGCCCUAUUGUGUUUAGCAUUCUAUGAGCUUGGAAAUGGCCAAAAUCAACUGGCUUGGUAUUUUUCUGGGCUUGCCAUUCGUGUUGGGCACGAUAUGGGCUUUCAAUUGGAUCCUAGGGUAUGGGUGACAGACGAGUCGAGUUCCAAUGAGCUUUCUCAAAGCGAACUCGAAAUAAGAAGCCGGAUCUACUGGGGCUGUUACAUUGCAGAUCAUUUUAUAUGCCUUUUGUUGGGACGAACUUCGACUUUAAGCGUAUCGAAUUCGACCAUUCCCGAAAGUGAUGAACUUCCUGAGGUUCACGGCACAGAAGAAUUUCGAUUUGAGAGUAAACACGUAUUACAAGUUUCUUUACCCUUGAAGAAUCUGGUUAUUCUCUCGAGAAUCGUGCAAGUCUUUACAGCUAAAAUCUUUAUCGAGCCGAGCAGUACAUCUCAACGUAUUGAGUACCUUAUUAAAUUCAACCUAAGGGUCUACAAUUGGCGCCAAUCACUACCGCACUUCUUAAAAUGGUCUAAGAACCUAAUCAAGGACUUAGACAGGUCCACGGACCCUACUAUUUGUUACUUUUGGUAUCACUACUACAUCGUUCUUUUGACGUUCAACAAACCUUUUAUGGAAGAUUGCAAAGAGGCGAAAACGCUUGUUUUGGAGGUACUUGGAGAGCUGAAGACUUUGUUGUCUAACUUCCACGUCAAGUUUGGCAGCUUUGAAAAGGCGGGCAUCUACCAAUUGUACAGUUGUCUUUUGUCACUGGCAUGCUCUAGAAAAUUCAGUAGUAUGUCGCUUCCCGCGGAUACUGCACCUACUGUAGAGAGCGGUGCAAGGGACCAGAAGUUCUUCACAGACGUGUUUCAACAAUUUGGCGUGAGCUACGACUUACCGCGCAAGCUCGAAGAAGAGCCCGAUUUAGAGGUGGAAAACGAUCCCACUUCUAUCAAUCAGCUGAACAAUUUAGCUUACACGCACGAUUUCUCGUUAAGCGAUGAAAUCGACGAUUUAAUCAAGCAGGUGUUUGGAUUUGAAAGCUGGUCUUUAAACACUGGUCAUUCAGUAUAG